AUGACUUGCUCUAGUGAGCAAUUCUUGCAGCUGUGUCACAAGAACAGAGACCUUAUUGGUGGUCUGCAGUUUGAGUCUGAAAGCAUUGUUAAACUCAUCAUGGAGCGGUGCACCAGAGUCAUUGUAGUUUUGUCUCCAGAAUUCUUAGAGUCGAGUACAAACACCUUUUUCACUUUAUUUGCUCAUGCUCUCAGUGUAGAUCAGCGUCGUCGUAUAGUCAUUCCUUGCUUAUACAAGCCAUGUGUAAAACCUGCUGUGAUAAGUUUCUGCCACUCCCUCGAUUAUUAUAGGGCAAAGGGCUAUUGGAACUAUUGGGAAAAGUUACGUGAUUCUCUAAUCUGGCAACCACAAAAUACUCCAAGCACACCAAAUGUAGAAUCAAGACAAAGAAUACGAGAGGUGUCUGGAUCAUCCAUUUCUUCACAAGUGUCAGCCAGUUCUCUUACUACACCUUCACCAUCACAGUCUUCAGGAUUUUUCUCAAAAUUGUUGCGUAAAUCAGAUGGAAAGGGAAGGAACAAGGCAGGAACACAACCUGUUGAGGAUUCUGGCAAAAUAAGUGUGCAAAGUGAGGAAGUACCUCCAGCUAAAGAAGAUACAGUUACUGAAGAUAAAAAUGGUUAUCCCAGAAGUUCAGCCAUCCCAAUACAAGACUCAUCAGAUCGUCCAUUUAUUCAACUGACUCCUUCCUCAGCUUCUGGGGAAUCUAGUGAUUACACUCUCUCCUUUCAAAGUCUACCUGAUGUUCCUGAAACUCCUCCAUGUACAAGUCCCCAAGGUACCACAAGCUCAACAGCACUUCUAAUACAAGAUGAUGAUGCUACAGCGAGCCCUCGCUCACGUUCCAAAUUUCUAGAUAAAAUUUUUAAGGGAAAGCAGAAAAAAUCAAAAUUCCUGGGUAGUUUAUUUUACAUUUGCUUUGCACAAUUUUACUAUGAUAAUGUUUUAAUUAUUUUUGACUGAUAAGGAUGACUGGAGCAUCUAUAUACUAAGGUUGUACAGAAUGAUAGAAGAGUGUUUUAACGUUUUUCAACGACAAUGAAUUGUGAUAAAUUUGCCACUUUUUUCUUAAAAAAGUGAAGGGUUAAGAAUAAUCCUAGAGGUGAUUAAAGCUAAUGCUAGUUACAGUCGAAUUUU